AGCUACUAUGAGAACACAGGGGGUUAAUAUUUUUAAACUUUGCUUUAUUUAUAUGGCGAUUUUAAUUCACAUUGCUUCUCAAAACUGGAAGUAAGCAGAAGACUGCUAUUGGCAUUCUCUUCAGUUAAGCUGGCACCAGAAAGAUCUAUAUGAUCUCAAGGAAAGGGAACAAAUCCAAAGUUUGUGUUUGUUCUUUCCCUCUGUUUCUCCAGAGUUCCAUCAUUUACCAAUGGCUGGAGGAACCCAUAUAAGAAUAUUAUUGGAGGGAGGUGGAAACAUGACCUCCAAAUGCCCACAGGAAGUAGGCUCCUAGGACUUAGAGCAGCAAUAUCAAAUUGGUUUGUGAAACUAAGGAUUUAACUUGGGAUCCUGCCGUUGUGUGGACCUGCCCAAAAUUUACAAGUGCAGCUUUUUGUGUAGUGGUAAUGGGUAAUUCUGACUUUCAUUCAGUAGUUCCCCAGUACAGCCUGUCUUGCUUCUCUCUAUAAUGCUCUCCUUGGUGCCCAGCAAAGUGUUUCAUCGCAAAAAGUAUCAAGGUGUGUCUUUGGCUUUCCCCCUGGAGCAAUAAUGAUAUUGUCAAGCAUUUCAAGACCUGCCCAAAGGUUUUGGGUGGAGGAACACACUUGGUUAAGCAGCAUCUUCAGUGCUCUGAUCUGAGGAAGUCAGAGACUCCUCCAAAGCCUGGGUGAAAGAACAUCUACGCAGUGUCUUUUUACAGGCACUGUCACAAGGGGGGGGAAGGGCACAGCCACCUGGAGUGUUAUCGUCCCUUUCUUGGACCUAAGAGACAACAGAUGCAAUGGAUUGGCUUCCUUACAGAGCAGCUGCUGUGCUGUUCAUUUUAACGGUAUCCUUGGAGUUCAGCACUGCUGCUUUUCAUGUUCAGGUGAAAGAAUGGGAUGAAAAAGGCAUGGAGAGAUGGAAAAGCCACCACAGGCAGAAACGAGAAUGGAUUAAAUUUGCUGCAGCCUGUAGAGAAGGGGAAGAUAAUUCAAAGAGGAAUCCAAUUGCAAGGAUCCGAUCAGAUUGUGAAGAAACUCAGUCACUUAUAUACAGAAUCUCUGGAGUAGGAAUUGAUCAGCAUCCCGUUGGAGUGUUUAUCAUUAAUCAAAAGACUGGGGAAAUUAAUAUAACAAAAAUAGUAGACCGGGAGGAGACACCAAUGUUUGUUAUUAAGUGCUUUGCUAUAAAUGUUGUGACCGGACAAUCAGUGGAAACACCACUUGACCUUCGAGUCCGGAUUCUGGAUGUAAAUGACAAUUCACCCGUAUUUACACAAAGUGUGUUUUCAGGGUCAAUUUCAGAGGGCAGCAUGGACAACACAUUGGUGAUGAAAAUAACUGCUACAGAUGCAGAUGAGCCAAAUAACCUGAAUUCCAAAAUUGCCUUCAAGAUUGUGAGUCAAAAUCCUGGAGGUCCAUCAAAGUUUAUUUUGAACAAACAGACUGGAGAACUUCACAUUGCAAAUAUCCUUGACAGAGAGGAACAUGCAAGCUACAGUCUGGUUGUGAAAGCCACAGACAGGGAUGGAGGUCCAGAUGGAAUAUCAUCUGAAUGUUCCUGUGAGGUUUCUGUAACUGAUGUAAAUGAUCAGUUUCCAACGUGUGCACAGAGCUCGUACGCAAUUACCAUUGUAGAAAAUACACUCAAUCAAGAGGCUCUGAGAAUACAAGUUUUUGAUUUAGAUCAAGAGUAUACAGAUAAUUGGUUUGCAGAAUUUUAUUUUAUCUCCGGAAAUGAAAAUGGCAACUUUGACAUAGUCCUAGACAGAGCAACUAACGAGGGUAUCCUGAGGGUUAUAAAGGAAAUUAACUAUGAAGAAUUUUCAAGCAUACCACUGAGUAUUGGUGUGCGAAACAUAGCUCCUUUCCAUUCUUCAGUGGCUUCACAAUAUCAAUAUUCAGCAGCUUCUCAGGGUACCCCAAUUACAGUACAAAUAACCAAUGUAGUGGAAGGACCAGCAUUUUAUCCAACUUCAAUAAAAGUGUCUGCACCUGAAAGCUUAACAACUAAAACUAUACUUACCUAUGACGUUGGAACAUUCCAAGCUAUUGACCAGGAUACUGGGAAAAUUGCCACUAACGUCCGCUACGUCAUGGGACGUGAUCCAGCCGCCUGGUUUCGAGUCAACCCAACAACUGGCGCCAUCUCUUUCAACAAAGUGAUUGAUCGGGAAUCAAUCUAUGUAGUCAAUGGGGUAUACUCUGCAGAGCUGCUAGCUAUUACUAGAGACAGUCCUUUCACAACAGCUACUGGUACCAUUGUGCUUACUAUUGAUGAUGUCAAUGACAACUGCCCUACUGUAACAGACGAAAUCAGAAGAGUAUGUGUGGACAAUCCAACAGCGGUAAUCACAGCUCAUGAUCUAGAUGGCCAUCCAUAUGGUCCACCUUUUAAAUUUACAAUAGUGGCACAGUCUCCAGGAAGUUCGUGGAACAUCAGAAUAGUGAAUGAUACCUCAGCAGCACUGUUCUCCCAGGAUAUAGAAUUUGUCAUUCAUGAGGUCCAAGUUAGAGUGUUCGACAACAGUGGCAGAAGCUGUGAUAGGCCACUGGUUAUUCCUUUGCAAGCCUGUCAUUGUGACCGCAAUGGGAACUGUGUCAAGUCUGCCACUCGAAGAAUCACUGUUACUAUUAUUGGUGGUGGUGCUGGUGGAGGAGGUGGAGGUGGUGGUGGUGCUGGUGGUGGUGGAGGAGGAGCAGGAGGAGGAGCAGGAGGAGGAGGAAUGGCAGGAGGUGGAACAGGCGUUAUUGGUGGAGGUGGCCAGGGAGGAGUCAUUGGGGGAGGAACUAGUGGAGGAGGAACCAGCGGAGGAGGAACUGGCUGGGGAGGAAGCACAGCGGGAGGAACUGGCGGAGGAGGAACUGGUGGAGGAGGAACUGGUGGAGGAGGAACUGGGGGAGAAGGAACUGGAGGAGGAACCGGUGAGGGAGCAGGCAGCUGGGGAGGAACAGGAGGAGGAAGAGAUGACGGAACAGGAGGAACUGGUGGUGGCACUGGUGGUGUUAUUGAUUAUGGUGAUGGUGGCACUGGUGGUUAUGGUGGUUAUGGUGGCUAUGGUGGUUAUGAUGGUUAUGGUUGGGGCAGACAAGGAGGCGCAGAAACUACACUUAGUGCUACAGCCAUUGGCCUGAUGUUCCUCGGAGGACUAAUAUUUGUGUUGGUUCCAAUUCUGAUGUCACAGAGUGACUGUUGCGGCUAUUGUGGAUCUGGUCCUACUGGUGGCGUUGGGGCUGGAUUUGAGCCUGUGCCUGAAUGUUCAGAAGGAGCUAUUCAUUCAUGGGGAAUUGAAGGAGCACAGCCUGAAGACCGGGACGUUUCAAAUAUUUGCGGGCAAGUAGCAAAUACAGGCAUGGGCGACUAUGGUGACUCCUCAGAUAUCUAUGCAACUAAGUAUAAAGGUGGAGUGAGUACAGGAGUUGAAGAAACAAUCGGACUCGGAGCAGUUAAAGGCUAUGGAACGAAUGUUGAUUAUGGAACUACUACAGGCUAUGGAACAACAGGAAGAAAAGAAGCAUAUGGAGGGACCAUAAAAGAAUACAGAGAGAGUGGCGUGAAUAUGGCUUUCUUGGACAGCUAUUUUUCGGAGAAAGCGUUUGCCUAUGCUGACGAAGACGAAGGCAGACCUGCAAAUGACUGUCUCCUGAUAUAUGAUCAUGAGGGUAUAGGCUCUCCUGUUGGUUCCAUUGGCUGUUGCAGUUUUAUUGGUGAUGAUCUGGAUGACACCUAUCUAGAUACACUGGGACCUAAGUUUAAGACCUUGGCAGAAAUCUGCCUGGGUGUGCAAAUUGAGCCAUUCCCAGAUACUGACUCGAAUUGGCCAUCUUUGCCCAAUCCUGAUCUCGAUAUAAGCCUGCCACCGCCUGGAACUACCAUCGUUGUUAAUACAUCUUCAACUAUGACUCCACCUCCUCCUGUUGGCAGCACGACGGUUGUUACUGAAAAUACCUACACGACUACUUCUGCUGUACAGCCUCCAAGGCCUGAUCCUAUGCUCCAAGGCAAUGUAGUGGUGACUGAGACGUAUACAACUGGGCCAACAAUGAAACCUCCUACAAUGAAUGUCGAUCCUCUGUGUGGAUCAAAUGUUGUGGUAACAGAAAGGGUGCUUGCUCCUGGCGCGGUCACUGAUUUGCAUGGCAUGAUAGAUAUUCCAGAGCUACCAGAUGGGUCCAAUGUGGUGGUCACAGAAAGGGUGAUUGCUCCAAAUGCAAGGAUACCCCCUUCCAUGAGUAUUCCUGACCUAUCUGAGGGGUCAAAUGUAGUGGUGACGGAAAGAGUGAUUCGACCUGUUGCAGGCAUGCAGGGCAAUUUGAGCAUCCCUUCUGAGUUAUCAGGUGGACGCAAUGUGGUUGUUACUGAAAGAGUAGUGUCAGGGGCAGGAAUGAGUGGAGGCAUUGGUGGCAUGAGUAGCAUCCCUUCUGAGUUAUCAGGUGGACGCAAUGUGGUUGUUACUGAAAGAGUAGUGUCAGGGGCAGGAAUGAGUGGCGGCGUUGGCAGCAUGAGUGGCAUCACAGGUCAAAUGCUGAGUCCUGAUAAUCUCCUUAGCCAAACAAUAGGAUCUGCUUCUCCUGGUACAAGUCGAAGGCGGGUGACAAAAUACAGCACUAUUCAGUAUUCAAAUCAAUAAGGCCUCUUGCAAUUACAUAUUGCUGCAAAACUCCUUUUUUUAAAGAGAGAGAUUUGCCACUGAACAAUGUUAUUAUUUAUACAUAGCAAAUCAUAUGGGGGGUGGGGAAGAGACUUGCCUGAAAACCUCUUAAAGCUAUGCAGACCAAAAAGGAAAUGCAGAAUCACUGCCAAUAUAGGACCACUCUAGCACCCUGCCCGCCCCCCAUCCACAAAUGGCAGUGAAUAUAAUGCAGGAGCCAAUGGCACAGACUUUUAAUACAUCAUUGGUGUUGGGGAGCAUUGUAGCUCCAUCGUGCUGCCUUCCUAAUGUCAUUUGCUAAAAACACCCUGUAUUUGCUCGCCACAUUAUUCAAUUGUUUUUACCAGCCUGGAAGGGAAAUGGAAUUGUGCUCAAGGUGACUUUUAGGAACAGCUCCCUUUAGGAACACUGGCCAGACUGUUUCACUCAGUUUUGGAACUGCUUGGUGUAUUUAAUAGUGCUUGCAUAGAAUCUCUUCCAAGUAGUAACUUCAGAUGUAAUGCACAGUUCAACUCUCUAGCUGGCAAACAUGAAGGCGCUAGGUAACAAAGUGAGGGAAAGAGGAAAGAAACAAAAUACAUCAACUUUCGUAUGACAGACUGAAAUCCUGUGUGAUAUCGCAGUCAGAAUGGCAGGCUCUUAAGAGCUCUUUUAAGGACAA